AAACUAAUAUGGCCGACCGAUAGGGACUGUCAAAUUCACGUAAACAUUUUUGUGCGGAUGAUCAAAUCGAAUUGAUAAAAUGUAAGGCGUGAAAACAAAGUUUUCAUAACCAUGGCCCAGGGGGUUUUGAGUUCGGACAUUUCGAGGAGAAAUCCUCAAGAUGAAUUCGAACUGAUUCAAAGAAUUGGGAGUGGAACUUAUGGUGAUGUUUAUAAGGCUAAAAGACUGUCCACAAAUGACCUAGCUGCUAUUAAAGUGAUUAAGUUAGAACCAGGGGAUGAUUUUGGAAUUAUCCAACAAGAAAUUUUAAUGAUGAGAGACUGUCAGCAUCAAAAUAUUGUGGCUUAUUAUGGGAGCUAUUUACGAAGGGAUAAGUUAUGGAUUUGUAUGGAAUAUUGUGGUGGAGGAAGUUUACAAGAUAUUUAUCACAUUACUGGGCCUUUAAAUGAACAGCAAAUAGCUUAUAUGUGUCGUGAAACUUUAGUAGGAUUGUCGUAUUUGCACUCUUUAGGGAAAAUGCACCGUGAUAUUAAGGGUGCAAACAUUUUAUUGACUGAAACUGGGGACGUAAAAUUAGCUGACUUUGGAGUAUCCGCACAAAUAACUGCUACAAUAAAUAAGAGGAAAUCAUUUAUUGGUACACCGUAUUGGAUGGCGCCAGAGGUUGCUGCUGUUGAAAGAAAAGGUGGUUACAAUCAACUUUGUGACAUUUGGGCUAUUGGGAUAACAGCUAUAGAAUUGGCUGAGCUUCAACCGCCAAUGUUUGAUUUACACCCAAUGAGGGCAUUAUUUUUAAUGUCUAAAAGUGGUUUUAAACCACCAACGUUAAAAGACAAGGAUAAAUGGAGCCCAACGUUUCAUAAUUUCGUUAAAGUUGCUUUGACAAAAAAUCCUAAAAAAAGGCCUACAGCAGAGAAGUUAUUACAGCACGCGUUUUUUAAUGGAGAUAUGAAUAAAAGACUUGCAACGGAAUUGUUACAAAAAGUGAACAACCCAUCACAUAUGUUUGCUGAUCAAGAAGUUGAUGAAGACGGUUCAAUUCCAAACGUUCCACAAAGAAUUGCAUCACGAUUAACGGCUCGUCCUCGAACUUCAGUUGUAAGUCAAGCAUUAUCUGAAAUUCAAAACCUAGAUGACGUAAAUAAUACAUUGCAUAGACCAGGACCUUCGAACAAUGGCACAGAUGGAAACGUUAAUAAAGCUUGGGAUAUAAUGGACAUAAUGAACAACGUAAAAACAGUCCAUCCUUGUGCAGAACAUCAAAAUCAAAAAUAUGGGAUUGGUAACGCUUUCGAUUCGCUCAAUAGAGAAAAUGUUGAGCGACGGACAAUGACGGGCUCGCAAAUUUUGAAAAUGUCUCUAAGGAGUCUCUUGCAGUACAUUGACGAAGAGUUAAUGAUGAGGGGCACCUACAAAUUUCAACCGGCGGAAUAUUCGCAACAAGCAACACUUCCGGUUCAAGAUACAACUGAAGUGCAGCCAUAUCCAACAAAGUGUGAUUCGCACAAACUAGCUUCUAGUCCGCCGACUUCCGACGUCGGAGUCGCUGUUCACGGAUCGCCAAGACGGCAUUCUUCCGUUGAUGAGAUAUUUAAUUUAGUUAAUAAUAUGAGUGUGAGCAAUGGACAACGACAGCGAUCGCUUAGUGAUAGCAGUCGAACUGAUAACGCUGUUAAUGGUACUGAACGCGAACAAAAUAACCAUGAUAAUGGUGCCCCUGAUUUGGUGGCGUGUCCUCCAGUUCCACCACGAAAGCAUCGAAGGAGGCAUACACCUCCUCGACCACCUAGUAAUGGUUUACCACCCACUCCUAAGGUUCAUAUGGGUGCUUGCUUUUCAAAGGUUUUUAAUGGUUGUCCACUUCGAAUACAUUGUACCACUUCAUGGAUACACCCAGAAACAAACGAUCAACACAUAUUAAUAGGUGCAGAAGAAGGUAUCUACAAUUUAAAUUUGAAUGAAUUGCACGAAACGUGCAUUGACCAAUUGUAUAAUAGGAGAACUGUAUGGAUGUAUGUAAUAAAAGACGUAUUAAUGACGUUAUCAGGCAAAACACCCCAAUUGUAUAGACACGAUCUUUUGGCGUUAGUUAAUAAACAAUCGCACAGAUUCAGUUUGCACAUGAAUCGAAUUCCAGAAAGAUUGGUGCCGCGAAAAUUUGCUUUAACCACUAAGGUACCGGAUACAAGGGGUACACAAAAAUGUUGCGUCGCUAGAAAUCCGUAUAACGGUUAUAAAUAUUUGUGUGGGGCUACGAAUUGCGGAAUUUUUUUGAUGCAAUGGUACGAUCCGCUUAAUAAAUUUAUGUUGUUGAAGCACGUUGAAUGCAGUUUACCAAACCCAUUAAACGUUUUUGAAAUGAUCAUCACACCAGAAUUAGAAUAUCCAAUUGUUUGUGUUGCGGUUAAAAAGGCUUAUGAGAUUAAUAGGUUUAAAUUAGAUUUAAUAAAUAUGAAUUCAGGUUCUAAUUGGUUUCAUUCCGACGAACUGCAAGAUAUGGAUGGAACGGCAACCGUUGUGCCAAAACGCGAGAAUUUGAGGAUUGUUAGCGUACAACAAAUUGAAAAGGAUUCUAUUUUAGUUUGUUAUGAUAAUCUGGUGAAGAUUUUAACACGAACUGGUAGGCUUAGGGAUAGUAGAAAACAGCUUUCCGAAUUGGAAUUUGAUUUUAAUAUCGAAAGCAUAUUGUGUUUACCUGAUAGUGUAUUAGCGUUUCACAAACACGGCGUGCAAGGGAGAUCUUUAAGAAAUGGCGAAAUUACGCAAGAGAUUACAGACGUAUCAAGAACUUAUAAAUUAUUAGGAUUCGAAAAAGUGGUUAUGUUAGAAAGUAAUUUAUUACGCAAUGGAACGUUAAUUAACGAGGAAGGUCAUGAUUUAUACAUUUUGGCGGGACAUGAAGCCAGUUAUUAAAAAAUAAAAAGCGGAAACGUACCUGGUCUUUGUGAAUCUCGUCGCUUAUUUCAUUCGAAACAUGAAUUAAUAAAAGCUAUACAGAGCUCAUCAUUAGGAUAUUAUUUGUUUUCGUAACUUAUUGCUUAGAGUUAAGAGUAUCCAGUAUACAGAAAUCUUAUGUAAGACAAGUUGGAAAAUAUACCUCAAAAUAGAGUUUAGACGAAUGACGCAAAGUCAAAUAAAAGUUUAAAAAUUAAAAUCGAGAGGAAAAAAUUUAAACAAGUUAUAUGAAAAAUGUUUAUUAAAAUGCAAAUCAUACAAAUGAGUAAUUUUUGUAAUAGAUGUUUUACCAAGUAAUGUAAAUAGUAUGUAUUUUUCUGGCACGUUUUCUCCUGAUAGUCUUUUAAUGUAAAAAAAAAAUGGAAAUUACGAGAAGGAAAGUUUUAGUCACCGUUUGUUCCCGUAUUUCAACAAUCUACGAAUUUGUAUAUUCAAAUAAUAGAUAGCGUUAAAAUCUGUUUUUUAAGAGAUUUCUGUAUUUAACGAGAGAUUUUUGAUAUAGUUAACAGCGUCAUUGGCUGUGUAUUAAUUUACAUAUGUAAUAAAUAGCUUAUUUAAGAUGUACAUAUUGUAUAUUUGUUCAAUAAAUACCAAAAAAAAACUUAUUUAAAUACAUA